AUGGCCUUAAAGAAACUUUAAUGCUUUCUUUUGGUCUGUUUCUUUGCCUUGGAUAGUGCUACCUACUGUAGUGAUUGUUCCCUCAGUGAGUCCUGUUGUUCAGAUAAAGUCUGUAGACAGAGAUGUUACUAUUGUUCGUACGACUACCAGUGUGGGACGAAAGAGCAAUGCUGUGAUAACAAAUGCAUCAUUUGUUCCUCAUACUGUGGUUAGAGCGGAGGAGCUAUUGCAGGCGCCAUCGGCACAAUUAUCUUCUUCGCCAUCAUCAUUUCCAUCGUGUCCUGCUGCUGCUGUGCUUGUUGCCCGUACUACCUCUAUCAUACACCCGGUACUGUGAUCAUCACCGGCGAACAGCCACAACAACAAAUGGUCUCUCAUACACACAUGACGAAGCAACAAGUACAUGUUCCUCCGUCGGUGAACUACAAUCAGCCUCUUCCAGCUGGUUACAACCCGCCUCCUCAAGGCUUUAAUCAGGCACCUCCGCCUUACCCGGGUUAUCCACCGCCGGGAAAAGCUCAAGCGGCGCCGUUUUAA